UCUCGGCGCCGCCUGUCACCGUCCCCGCCGUGCCCCGGCGCGGGCAGGCCCCGGCCCCUUCCCCCCCGCCCCCGGGGGGGUGGGCUCCGCUCCGGAAUCCUGGCCGCUCCCUCCGCGCCGCCCGCCCAGCCGGGGCUGCGCCCGCCGCCGCCGGGCAGCGCGGGGGGUCCCCGGCGGCCGCCCGGCCUCCGCCGUCGCACAGGGAAUAAAAUAAUGCUAAUGAAGCAGCCCUUUCCUUGAAGUUCGAGUUUUCAGACUCACUGCCAUAAUGGAUGAGCAGCAAGCUUUGAAUUCAAUCAUGCAGGAUUUGGCUGUGCUUCAUAAGGCCAGUCGUCCUGUAUUGCCCCAGCAAGAAACAGGAAAACCAAAGUCAUCUUCACCUAAAAAACAGAAUGAUGUUAGAGUCAAAUUUGAACAUCGAGGUGAAAAAAGGAUCCUGCAAUUACCAAGGCCUGUUAAACUUGAAGAUCUUGCAGCUAAAGCUAAAGUUGCUUUUGGACAGACUAUGGAUUUACAUUACAGCAAUAAUGAGCUUGUAAUUCCAUUAACCACACAGGAUGACCUGGACAAAGCUGUUGAACUGCUUGACCGUAGUGUACAUAUGAAGAGUCUCAAGAUAUUGCUUGUAAUACAUGGAAAUACACAGUCACCCAGUGUAAAUAAUAUGGAACCCUUGCCCUCACUGGAAGAUUUAGAUAAUACAGUGUUCGGUGUGACAGAAAGGAAAAGGCGACUGUCUGUAAUAGGUUCUAAUACUCGUGAUAGGAGUUCACCUCCCCCAGGAUACAUUCCGGAUGAACUGCAUCAGGUGGCUCGAAAUGGGUCCUUCACCAGUAUCAACAGUGAAGGUGAAUUCAUUCCAGAAAGUAUGGAUCAGAUGCUGGAUCCAUUGUCUUUAAGCAGUCCUGAAAACUCUGGCUCGGGAAGCUGUCCCUCACUUGACAGCCCAUUAGAUGGGGACAACUAUCCUAAAUCUCGAAUGCCAAGAGCGCAGAGCUAUCCAGAUAAUCAUCAGGAAUUCUCAGUAGAGUAUGAUAUCCCAAUAUUUGAGAAAUUUGGAAAGGGGGGGACUUAUCCCCGAAGAUACCAUAUUUCAUAUCAUCAACAAGACUACAAUGAUGGUCGUAAAACUUUUCCAAGAGCCAGAAGGACUCAGGGGAACAGCUUCCGAUCACCAGUUAGUUUCAGUCCCACUGACCACUCGCUGAGCACGAGUAGCGGAAGCAGCGUCUUUACACCGGAAUACGAAGAUAACCGAAUGAGGAGGAGGGGAAGCGACAUAGACAAUCCUACCUUGACAGUCAUGGACAUCAGCCCACCCAGUCGCUCACCACGAGCUCCAACUAACUGGAGACUUGGUAAACUGCUGGGUCAAGGUGCAUUUGGCAGAGUCUAUCUGUGUUACGAUGCUGAUACUGGAAGAGAACUGGCUGUUAAGCAAGUUCAGUUUGAUCCUGAUAGUCCAGAAACCAGCAAGGAAGUAAAUGCACUUGAAUGUGAGAUUCAGUUACUGAAAAAUCUGCUGCAUGAAAGGAUUGUUCAGUAUUACGGCUUCUUGAGAGAUCCACCAGAAAGGACACUCUCAAUAUUCAUGGAGUACAUGCCUGGGGGUUCCAUCAAAGACCAACUGAAAUCAUAUGGAGCACUCACAGAGAAUGUGACUCGUAAAUAUACGCGGCAGAUUUUGGAAGGAGUUCACUAUUUGCACAGUAAUAUGAUUGUCCAUCGAGAUAUUAAAGGAGCAAAUAUUCUGCGGGAUUCAGCAGGCAAUGUGAAGCUUGGUGACUUUGGUGCCAGCAAACGACUGCAGACUAUCUGUCUCUCUGGUACAGGAAUGAAGUCUGUCACAGGAACUCCCUACUGGAUGAGUCCCGAAGUUAUUAGUGGAGAAGGAUACGGCAGAAAAGCAGACAUCUGGAGCGUAGGUUGCACAGUGGUAGAAAUGCUCACGGAGAAGCCCCCGUGGGCAGAGUUCGAAGCCAUGGCUGCCAUCUUUAAAAUUGCCACUCAGCCAACCAACCCCCAGCUGCCACCUCACGUCUCUGACCAUGCUCGGGAUUUCUUGAAACGGAUUUUUAUUGAGGCCAAGCUGCGACCGUUUGCAGAUGAACUGCUAAGACACACGUUUGCACACUAUCACUAACACCUGCCUCAACUCGGCUUGCAUCUACUGCAUUUAUUUUCUAUUUGACUGCACUUUUAUUUUUAUUUUUUACAAAGAAAAAGGAGAAAAAAAGACAAGAGAGAGAAUAUUCUCUUGAAUCUUUGUUUCACUUAGAUUGUAAACAAUCUAAAUUUUGUAUCUAAAAUGAGAAUCUUCUCUCCCCUCCCACCCCACCAGGACUAGAACUUUUUGUUUCUAUAAUGUACUGAUGUGGUUGAUGUAGAUAAAGCACUUUAGUACAUAUUUGUUCCUUAUUUAACGGGGAAAAAAACCGACAAAUGCUUGGACAGUCAGGAACUGUGUGACUUUUUCUGACACCGCUGACUGACUCAGGGUGCAGGGAAAAAUAGACAUGCAGCUAAAGGACAAGAAGAUUACUUCUCUGUGAUUCUUCUCUAUUGUAGGUACUUGCAGCAGAGAGUUCUAACUUCUUAUUAUAUUUUAGCAUUUUAAUCAGUUUCUGGAAUUUACAGUUUAAGCUGGAAUGUGCAGUUCUGAGAGUUAAAUGACGAGACUGGAAGAACUUGGAACUCUUUGUAUGUACAGCAGUGUGUCUAACUGGUACUUCUAUGUGACCAAAAGAAAAUAACAAAAUGAGCUCAAAACUAGUUAGAGGUUUUGGUGUAGAAUUAUUGUAUUAUCUUAAUAGGAAAAUAAUUACAGGUAAACAGAUUAUAGGCCCAAACACCUAGGUACUACCAUACUGCAAGGGGAAAAUUUCCAUACUAGACAAGGGUCAGCUAUUGGAUGUAAAUAGUUAGGAGAAUGUCUCCUGCUCUAUCUGCCAAAGAGAACCUCUGUUGCAUAAGCUUAGAGGGAGACGGUUAUCUUAGCUGAUAAAAAAUAGUGAUGUUGAGAGUCAGUUCUCCACAAUCCCUUGAAUGGCUGGAGGGGAAAGGAAGGGACUAAUCCUUGUGCAGUAUAUGAGUUACUUGAUUCAGAAUGAGCUACAAGAAAUGUUUUCAAAGCUGUUAAGAGGCGCUAGGAUGGAAUGUAUGUCAACAUCAAGUGCCUGAAUAAUAAAAAAUUCUUCCCAUUGUGCACUAAAAAAAAUUGGUUUAGUAACGCAGGUCAGUCAUCUAGAUGUGUUGAAAAUUCCUGAAAGUUAAACAUCUUUGAACAUCAGGAAUAAGUCACUGAGAAAGGUAAGACUCCAGUUAUAUUUUUAAUAAGGUAACACUGAUGAAUCCUCAUGAACAGGAAGGCACAGCACAGAGAACUGUAUGAAGAAUAGGCCAAAAGUGCAAAGAGAGCCAGCAGUUAAAUAACAUGAGUGUGAUUACUCUAUCCUGAGAAUCCAGAUGAUUGGUAUUUGUCAGAUUUCCAACAGUCAUAAAGCAUACGUUAAUCACUUUUUCUAUUUCUGAAAGAGCAUAAUAAAAGAACAGAAGUAAAACUCUGAAAUAAUGCUUCUCAGUCGAGAAGCCCAGGUACUGAUCAGGUGUAGUGAAUAACUGACUUUUCACAGCAGAAGAGUCAGACUCUCAUAUUUUUGUAGAAGAACAGAACAUAAUUUAAAGGGGCAUUUGGAAAUAAACUAUUGGACUACAGAACUGAAA